UAUGCCUAUAAGCUGUUUGCAGCUUAUAAGCUAAAAAAAAUAAGUUGGAGUAGUCUAACUUUUAUUUUUUGGCUUAUAAGUUGUUUUCAGCUUAUAAGCUGCUUUAGAUAAGCUAAGUCAAAUGUACCCAAUUAUUUUUUUGAGCUUAUUUUAAGCACAAAAUGAUUUUAAGCUGGCCAGUCAAACACUCAAAAAAGCUGAAAACAGCUUAUAAGUCAAUCCAAACGGGCUCUAACUUUUUUUUUUUGGCUUAUAAGCUGUUUUCAGCUUAUAAGUUGCUUUAGAUAAGUUAAGUCAAAUGGACCCAAUUAUUUUUUUGAGCUUAUUUUAAGCACAAAAUGACUUUAAGCUGGCCAGUCAAACACUCAAAAAAGCUGAAAACAACUUAUAAGUCAAUCCAAACGGGCUCUAUAUCUAGUGCUUUUUGUAAUUCAUAACUUCGUUUCCCUUCUUUUUUCAAAUAAUCUGGGAAAUUUCCGAAUGCCAGCUGGUUCACUGUUCAAAACUAGGUAGAUAAUGAAUCCAUCUUUUUACUCUUCUUCACUUAAAUAUCAGUCUUUUGUUCGCGACACGGUUCGAACUCGUGAUAUGCACAUAAUUCAUCAUCGUAUAUCAAGCUUUUGUUUGAACCCUUGACGUGCGCGUAAACAUAGGUGCUUUUAUCACUAUCACUGGACCAAUGUCCUAGCUCUGGAGGUAGGUGAUAUAUUUGGCUCUUCUUCUAUUAUCUUGGACCAGGACUAAUAAACAAAAACUAGCAGUAUUUUUGUAGUGUAUAAAUUGCAAAUAUAACUCUGAUUCUACGAGGGCCCAAGAUUUGGUUCUGAAACUAUAGAAUUGCAAUGAUGAGCUCAAACCAAUCACAUAGUUUGUUAAUUAUGGUAACUGGAGUCUAAAGUUGCUUUCCAAGUGCCCAAAGUUCUACUAAUAUUUAACUCAGCUUACCAUUCACAGAGCAAACAUAUGUUUUUGACGUAGUCAUCCAGUUUAGAGCAAUAAUAAUAUGAUGUGGCGUAAAACUUGCUACUCCUUUUGUUUAGUGGCAGGAUCAGAAUUUUUUCAUCAGUGGAAUUCAAACUAUAAUGAAGUAAAAACACCAAAAAGUUCACGAGGAUUCAAUAUAUUGUCUAUAUACAUAAUAUUUCUACCUGUGGACACUAAUUUUCCAGCGAUAGGCUAUAAAUUGAUAUCCCUUAGACAAGGGUGGCUCCAUCACUGUCUCUGUCCCAGUUUAUGUGACGGUGUUUGACUAUGCAUGAAAAGAAGACUUUGGAGUUUGUGGUCUAAAGUAGGGAAAGUAUGACAAAAUGCAUAUAGCCUCGAAGUCCAACUUCUAAAAGGAAAAGUUUCGAUAACAUUUCUGGACUUCUAGUCAUCGUGGAGAAAACAUUGAUAAAGAAUAUCUUAAGUUAUAAAACAUCAUUUAGAAAGAAAAGAAAGAAAAGAGACAAGACACUCAACUCUAACUACAGUAUUUAUAGCUCACUUAACAGCAAAUAGACCUUUAACCCAUGAUAAACUGCUCUUCUCAACUACUACUAUAUAAACUAACGAUCAUUCCACUUUCCCUCGAAGAUAGGUAACAUUUGAGACUCAUGAAUGGCCAUUAAAGGUCUCAUAUGAAAAAAAAUAAAGAGAAUAAAAGGAAAUAUAGAAACCAAUUAACCUGAAGGAGUAGGUAGUUGAUUACAUAUUUAGAUGAUGACUUUAACCUAAUCCCAUGAUGUAUUAAAUUUUUCCAAGGAACUAUGAAAUUACGUGUCAUGUUCAAGUCCAAACAAAAUAAAUAAUAAAUUUAUUACUGCAUCAAGUUUCAACUUGUUGAACAUUUCUCCCAUUCCUCUAAUAAACAAAUUUUAACUCGUCCUUCCCCAUGAUUUUCUCGGUAGCCUACCUCAUGCCUUCUUAGGUAGAAUCGAUUGAGAAUCAAUUAAGAAAUAUUCCAAUCAAUAAAUUAUAUUAGUCGAGAUCAACUAUACGAAUCAUCUAUAUCCAUUUCGUUCUAUUCAGAUCCAUUUGCUUGAAAUUUUUUCUUAUUGCAUUGUCGAGAUAUGGGAGUAAAAUGGGACGAGGCAAAAUUGGAGGAAAUUGAAGCAAAUAAACCUGUGAGAAUGAAGAUCACUGAACCAAAGACACCAUAUCAUCAUGCAAAGACUGAUGAUGAUAAUUUUGAGGAAUAUGGCAACGGUAGUGAUGACGUGGAUGAUGACAUGGCAUCAUGUUCAAGUAAAAGUAGAUCUCCUCGUAAUAAGGAUGAUGACGAUGAUGUCAUGGAACAUGAUGAUGAUGAAGAAGAUGAUGCUGAUGAAGGUUCCGAAGAAUCAGAGAGGAAAAAGAAUUUCAUAGAGCAUAGAAGAGGACAUUAUGAUGAAUAUAAGAGAAUCAAAGAGCUACAAAGAAAUGGAUCCCUUCUUCAAGAAUUUCCUGAUGAUGAUGAUGAUAAUGAUAACGUCGAUGGUGUUUCUUCACCAUCGGCAAAUGGUGAAGAAAAGGCAAAUACUGCUGCAUAGUCAUCUUGUUUUCAUAAGUGUUUGUUUCCAUUUUUCAUUUAAUCAUUUGAUAUUUGAAACUCCCACAAUUGUGUUUGUGCUAAUUAUAUAGGCGUUAUAAUUUUUUGGUAGUAUGCGCUUUGCAUUCUCGAUAGGACUAUUUAGCACGAAUCUAAAGCUCACAGAUUCAGAUUUGUGACAGGUAAAUCUACUGAAAAAGGUAAAACGUUUUCUAUUGAAAGAUUUUUCAUUUAA